AUGAUUGCUGUAUUGCAAAAAAUGUUUCCUGGUCGCCUGAUCUCCUUAAGGGAAAACAUAACAUGGCCUCCUCGCUCCCCUGAUUUGAGUCCAUGUGACUAUUUCUUAUGGGGAUAUCUCAAAGCUGAAGUUUUCAAACAUCGACCUAGAACCAUUGAAGAACUAAAAGUGGCCAUCCGUCAAGAAAUCUCAGCGAUUCCACUCGAUAUGCUGGCGAGAGUAAUGGACAACUUUUGA